CUGCCAGGCUCCGCUCAGGCCACCCCACUUGACUCUCUCCUCUGCGGAACUCACCGGCUGGACCUCAAGGGUCGCUCGUGAUGAGGCUGCUCCCCAGGACCCUGUGCCUGUGCCUGGCUCUGGCUCUGAGCCACGCCGCUCCUUCGGUCCAUGAUGCAAUGAAGGCUGGUCAUGAGGGGCACAGCCAUCUGUCAAACACUGACAAGGGAGAACACCAUGAUGCCAAACAUGACCGCUGUGCAGGGAUUGAGUUUGAUGCCAUUGCCCCCGAUGAGAAGGGAAUAUCCUUCUUCUUUAAGGGUGAUCAUGUCUGGAGAGGCUUCCGCGGGCCAUCUUACCUUUUAAACAGCUCCUUCAAGAUGGCUGAUGAUCAUCACCACUUGGGACAUGUGGAUGCUGCCUUCCGCAUGCACAAUCAAGAUGACCAUACAGACCAUGACCACAUCUUCCUCUUCCUGGACGACAAGGUCUUCAGUUUCUAUAACCACACCCUGGAGAAGGGCUUUCCAAAGGACAUCCAGGAGGUGUUUCCAGGUGUACCAAGUCACCUGGAUGCUGCCGUGGAGUGUCACAAGGGCGAGUGUGUCACUGACUCAGUCAUCUUCUUCAAAGGUGAUGACGUGUACCACUAUGAUAUUAAAACCAAGACAGUGAAACAGAGGGAGUGGGUGCACCUUCCCAAGUGCACGUCUGCCUUCCGCUGGCUGGAGCGCUUCUACUGUUUCCAUGGGACCCAGUUCACGAGGUUCCACCCUGUAACCGGAGAAGUUGUAGGAGAUUAUCCCAAGGACGCCCGCAACUACUUCAUGUUGUGUCCUGGGUUUGGCCACGGACAUAGAAACACUACAGUGAGAAACUGCACCCACAGGCACCUAGAUGCUGCGACCUCAGACGAUGCGGGCAAGGCCUACGCUUUCCGAGAGAAAUGGUUCAUGCGGCUGGACAGCCAUCGCGACGGGUGGCAUGCCUUCCCCAUCGUCAGCGCCUGGAAGGAAGUGCAAAGCAACGUGGAUGCAGUCUUCUCUUUCAACCAACACCUCUACUUCAUCAAGGGAGAUCAAAUCUACAUCUACAAGUCAGGAGCGCACUACACACUCAUUGAGGGAUAUCCCAAGUCUCUGAAGGAGGAGCUGGAUAUUGAAGGACCAGUAGAUGCUGCCUUUGUAUGUGAGGGGAAACAAACUGUUUACAUCCUUCAAGGGCAGAAGAUGCUAUUCAUUGACCUCACCACCACCCCUAGACACUUGGAGAGGGAAGUUGUGUUGCCCAUUCCUAAAGUGGAUGCAGCCACAUGUGACCCCGAUGGUGUGAAGGUAUAUGUAGGAUCUGAGUUCUACCAUUAUAAAAGCCCAGACAUGUUGGCGAUCUCACAGCUCCCUGAUAAGCCACAGAAGAUUCCCUUGCAGAUGUUAGGCUGUGAACACUAGAACACUAGAGCCUUGCUGAUGGAUUAACUAUGCUUAUAGUUGGGUAAAACAGCUUUCAACUGUUCAGUUUUUGUAUGUAGAUGACAAGAUGACACAUUUUUACCCAGUUGAUACUACAAUUUCUUAACCCUCACUUUCUGAUAGUAUUCAAAACUGUGGCAUCAGCGGGGCUAUUAUCACUCUUUGCAUGUUACCUUUAUGACAUCAUGGUAUUUUUUUUGAAGAAUGUUUUUUAAUAAAAAUGUAUUCUGACUCAUGUAA